AUGGCCACGGGAGAGCGUAAGGCGGGGAAGGGUAUGCAGUUCCUGUUCGGUGGCCUCAGUGGCAUGCUCGCCACCUGCGUCGUCCAGCCCCUCGACCUGGUCAAAACACGGAUGCAGUUGAGCGGCGAGGGCGGCGGUGCCAAGGCGCACAAGACGUCGUUCCACGCCAUGGCCAACAUCGCGCGCACUGAGGGACCCUCUUCACUCUACAAGGGGCUUUCGGCUGGCCUGCUGAGGCAAGCGACCUACACGACUGCCCGGCUGGGCAUGUACUCCAUCAUCAACGACUGGCUCGUCGCCCGCAACAACGGCAACGCGGCCAUCCCCUUCUACCAGAAACUGGUGGCGGGCAUGAUGGCGGGCGGGUUCGGUGCCGUGAUCGGCACGCCGGCCGAGGUGGCCCUCAUCCGCAUGACGUCGGACGGCCGAUUGCCGCCGGAGCAGAGGCGAGGCUACAAGAACGUGUUCGACGCACUCCUCCGCAUCUGUCGCGAGGAGGGCGCCAAGCAGGUGCUCAUGAAGAAUCUGCCCCUCCAGGACAACGUCUACACCCACUUCCUCGCCAGGCACGACUGCGACAUCACCAACCACCAUGCCACCAUGUCAUCCUCCCCGCUCACUCUGCUUGUGUCUUUGGCGUCGGGUUUCUUGGCUACGGCGGUGUCGAUACCUGUUGAUAUCACCAAGACGCGCAUCCAGACCAUGAAGACCAUCAACGGUGUGCCCGAAUACUCAGGCGUGAUGGACGUCUUGUCCAAGAUCGUCAAGACCGAGGGCGUCACCGCCCUGUGGAAGGGUUUCACGCCAUACUUCUUGCGGCUGGGUCCUCACACGGUGCUGACAUUCAUCGCCUUGGAGCAGAUGAACGCAGCAUACAACCGGUUCGCCAUGUAG